CGAGUGGCGACUACGACGAAGACGUGCUCGAGCAGGCGGCCGCCAUGAGGUUGCGCCGCGCGCUGCCGACGCCCGUAACGCCCUGGCGCGUCCCGUGACGCCCAUCAGCUGCCCGUGGCGGGCACGCCCCGAACGCCAACGGCGCACCACCGCCACCGCCUUCGACGCCCGUGCGUCGGGCGCCAUCUUGCCUCCCGCUUCUUCCCCGUGCUGCUUCUCGUACCUCGUCGUCUCGUCGCUGCUGGGGCUGGCGUGCCUAUUUCCAGCGGCGGCGGCAUACGACAACGUUUGCGUGGCCGCUAGCGAGGCCCCGUGCCGAUCGAAUCCCAUCCUGGACGAAGUAGUGCCCCCAAACUACCAUGGCUCCGAGGCACCGACAUCCGCAACAGGUGGCCCAGUACAAAUUUAUGUGUCCUUCCAGGUCAUGGAUAUCGACGAUAUCAGCGAAGAGAACAUGGCGUUCCGAAUACAUAUGUUCGUGGUGGACCUUUGGCGUGACGACAGACUUAACCUGAGUCGCUUCCUGGACGACAUCGCCUCGUCGGCAGGCGGCGCCACAUCUCUGAACAGCACCGGCAUUCCAAAGAGACACGCGUCCCGAGUGCUCCCCGACGAAGUGCGCGCGGCUCUCUGGAAGCCCGACCUCAUAUUCGUCAACUCCAAGAACGGUUACCUGUUCGAACACUCGGUGCCCAACACGUUCGUCAAGGUUCUGGACACCGGACACCUGUACCGGUCCUCCAGGUAUCUCUUUCAAGUGGAUUGCUUGAUGGAACUUCAAAAGUACCCAAUGGACACGCAGAACUGCUUCCUCAAAGUCGGACUCAUGUCCACGCCCGAAGACACGGCCACCCUGCACUGGAUGGAUGAUCCGGGCAGUCCGCAACGCAAUUUCUCGGCUGCCAUCCGCCUCCUGGAGGAUAUUAAGCCUCUGCAGUUCGACCUCAAGGUUCCCGUGGCACAUACGGCCACUGAAGCGUGGAUGUUCGAGAACUACACGUACCUGUACGCCAACUUCACGUUCGUGCGCCGUCUGACGGCGUCCAUCGUGAACACGUACAUCCCGAGCGGCCUCGUGGUGAGCCUGUCGUGGCUGACCUUUUGGCUGGACGUGUCGGCUGUGCCCGCCAGGAUCACGCUGGGCGUCACCUCCAUUCUGACGCUGGCCACACAGGUGGUGCAGUCCCGCAGUUCCCUGCCACCCGUCGACUACCUGAAGGCCGUCGACGUGUGGCUCUUCGUAUGCCUCGUCAUGGUGUUCGCCUCGCUGCUCGAGUACGCCGUCGCCUACAACUUCGAGAAGAUCCUGGCCCUGGAGCGGAAACGGAAGACCGAAUCACUUCCGGCCGCGAUACGGGUGGCGCCCUCUGCACGCAUCACUCCGCAGGCGUGGCAAAGCGACGGCGUGGCUUCGGCGGCCCCGCCUCCGCACUCGCGACCUCCGUCCUCCAGCACGCACGCGGACACCGCAAUGGCCUCUGGGAGUGGUGCGCCACCUCCUGACGGCGCGACGGCCAACAACCACAACCACGCCCUUGUCACGCCGUCCGUGGUGACCCUCAGCGUGCCCAACUCGGUGCACAGGCCCGAGACCAACAACGUGGCCCCAUCAAGGCCUAUCAAGACCGGCCGGCGACGCAUCUUCCAGCGCAGCUUCACACUGAGCCAACUGUGGCAGAAGACCAACCUGCUGGACAAGGUGUCCCGCAUCGCCUUUCCUGCCGUAUUCUUCUUCUUCAUGCUGAUCUACUGGUCCUACUAUCUCUGGUGAACCUCCUCGCCACAAAUGGCGCGCCGUAUGUGUUCGGGGUGAACUGAGUUUGUAAGCGCUGGUCUCUGCGAUGUGUUGUUGAUGACGCCUUCGUUGUACUCGCUGCUGGUGUUUGUUCUGAAGCAAGCAAAGGAAGUUGUGAACUCGUGUGUGAAUAAACGCUGCUGGUUGUUGUUCGUACGUGCAGUGUGCGAUGCUUUCGAA